AUGGCUCUCCCUUUCAUCGCCUGCAUCGCUUUUGUGGCGAAGAAUGACCAUCCCCUCCAUGUCACCGUAUUUCCGCCCUUUCGCGAAUCGCGCCUGAGAUUUCUAAUUCUAAUCAAUUCAUGUCUUGAUAUUUUCGAUUUACGAGCGAGGAAUACCUUUAUAGACCAAGACCUGGGUCUCCUGCAAGCGCUCGAUGAACGGCUGGCGGUCUACGGAUGGCUGACCAACACGGGGGUCAAGAUCCUCAUCAUCGUUGAUCUCGCAGGACGUCAUCUGGCGGCCAGCCCUCAGAAGCACGAUAUCACAUCUGUAACUGGAAUAAAGCAUUCAGAAUUGAAACCUGCAUUUCGAGCAUUACAAACCGCAUACAUCGGACUACUUCAGAACCCCUUUUACACUCCCGAUAAACAGAACGUGGUUCCUCAAAAUAUCCCACCAGAUGAUGCUCCGCUGGGUAUCACUGAUAAGAAAUUCGUCACCGAAGUUAAGCGAAUUGGCGACUCGUGGCGUCCUGGUCUGACCAGUAUCUAG